AUGGCGGAAGAUGGCUAUAACUAUAUGGCAGUGCUAGCCAAAAACUUAAUCUCGAGAACACUGAGUGUGUCCAAUUGUGUUCCGCGACACAUUGGUUUUAUCAUGGAUGGUAACAGAAGAUAUGCCAAGAAAAAGCAAAUGGAAAGUAAAGAGGGUCACGAAGCAGGUUUCAGAAGUAUGAGUAAGAUCCUGGAGCUAUGUUACGAGGCUGGAGUAGAUACAGCAACAGUAUUUGCGUUCUCGAUUGAAAACUUCAAAAGAAGUGCAUACGAAGUUGACGCCAUUAUGAGCCUUGCACGGGAACGGAUACGACAAAUAAGAGAGCAUGGUGAACUGGCACAAAAGUAUGGUGUCAGGAUCAGAGUUAUUGGCGAUAUAUCGUUACUGGAUAAAGAUCUGUUGAAGGAAAUCAAAAAUACAAUGGAACUAACUAGAAACAAUACCCGUGCUACACUAAAUAUAUGUAUGCCAUACACAGGGCGUGAAGAAAUUUAUCACUCUAUGAAGACAGUUUUGGAUGAUGAUUCGUAUUCUAGCAAAAACAUAUCUGAAGAAAUUAUUGAUGAACAUCUGUAUACUGCUGGCCAGCCUCCAUUGGACUUACUAAUUAGAACUAGUGGUGUAACUAGGCUAAGUGACUUUAUGCUAUGGCAAACAUGCAGUAAUGAUGUGAUGAUCGAGUUUAUCGAUUGUCUAUGGCCAGAAUUUGGCCCUUUUAGGAUGGCGUGGAUCCUUUUGAAGUUUGCUUUCCAUAAAAACUUUUCUAGUGGAAGGAAACCUUCUGAAGAUGAUGAGUUCGAGAAUAAGAAUAAGAAAGCGGAUUAG